AUGGCCAGGUUGGGUCUAGGCUUGGCUGUUGCCGUUGCGUUUGCCAUUUUUCUAGUCGACUCUUCUGAACCACCGUCCGAGUGCCCAAAGCCAGGCUACGUCCCUUUUAACGGAGUUUGCUACAAGCAUUUUGCUGAGGAGAAGCCCUACGAUCAGGCCAGCCAGACGUGUGCCUCAGACGGAGGACUGUUGGCCCUGCCUAAAGACAGCGAGACCAACGACUUAAUCGCUGGACUGGGAGACCAAUUGCAAAACCGUUGGAUCGGGCUGAACGACAUCGCUACCGAAGGCCAGUGGGUGUUUGAGGACGGACAAACCCUGGAGUCGAACGGGUAUUUUAACUGGGACACAGGUUAUUAUGGUGAUCAACCAGAUGGAGACAACUGGGAAAACUGCGCUGCCUUCUCGUGGGGUCCCCUGUCCAAGUGGCAUGAUUGGCCAUGCAGCACGGCAAUGCCAUUCACCUGUCAGAUAGGUCAAGCUUCAACUGUGCAGCCCAGCACCACGACUGUGCACCCCAACACCACGACUGUGCACCACAGUACCACGAUUGUGCACCCCAACACCACGACUGUGCACCCCAACACCACGACUGUGCACCCCAACACCACGACUGUGCACCCCAACACCACGACUGUGCACCCCAACACCACGACUGUGCACCCCAACACCACGGCUGUGCACCCCAACACCACGACUGUGCACCCCAAAACCACGACUGUGCACCCCAACACCACGACUGUGCACCCCAACACCACGACUGUGCACCCCAACAUCACGACUGUGCACCCCAACACCACGACUGUGCACCCCAACACCACGACUGUGCACCCCAACACCACGACUGUGCACCCCAACACCACGACUGUGCACCCCAACACAACGACUGUGCACCCCAACACCACGACUGUGCACCCCAACACAACGACUGUGCACCCCAACACAACGACUGUGCACCCCAACACCACGACUGUGCACCGCAGCACCACAACUGAGCAGCCCAGCACCAGGACCGAGAAGCCCAGCACAGCGGCUGUGCAGCCCAGCACCACACGUACAGCUCUGCAGGCCAGCACGGCUAAGCUACCGCCCGGUUAG